AUGACAGCAACGCAACAGUUACGCGCGUCUCCUAUCACGCGGAUGAGGGAACCGUAUGGGCGAUUCGUGGACGUUCAGGAGCAUUCCACGUGGGAGUUGGUCACUGGGGAGGCACCCGGUGCUGACGUGGACAGCGAGGGGAGAGAGGAACGGAAAGGGAAGGGUAUUUUAGCAUCACGGUCAGAAGGUCAGGGUCUAGCAGCGUGUCUCAGAGAAAUACCCCCGGUGUAUUUCGACGAGCAUUCUGCUUUUGAGCGGAAGGAGAUUUUUGAUACGGUCUGCCCGUCUCCCUCCAUUGCCGCGAAUAUGCUUCUACAGGAGAAACUAUCGCACUACUUAGACCUAGUCGAGGUGCACUUAGUUAAAGAAAUCUCUUCCCGCUCCGACUCGUUCUUCGAAGCCCUGAAAAAACUGGAAGAUCUGAACCGUGGGAUCGUGGAGACGUGCGAUCGCAUCCGUCAGUUGCGCGGCACAGUGGGGAUGCUGGACGAGGACCUUCUGGAAGGAUCGCGGAAGCUGCAGGCGACCAAGGUUCGGCUGGAGAAUCUGCUGCAGCCGCAUCAGAAGCUGAAGCUAGUGGCGUUCGUGCACCAGGCCAUGGCGACGCUGAAGCUGGCCAUGGCGACGCUGAAGCUGGUAAGGCGCAAUGCGACAGCCUCAGACGCCUCAUGGAAGGCACUGAUCUCACUGGGUGCUCGUGGUGCUGCCUCAUUUGACGUGAUGGACGACCUCAGGCGCCUCAUGGACGGCCAGGAGCUGAUGGGUGCAACCCCGCCCUCUAACUCUUCCUUCCUGCCCCACACGCACCACCCCACUAUGCAUCAGCUGGUGUCGUCGGGCGACUGUGCGGGCGCAUUAGACGUGAUGGACGACCUGAGGCGCCUCAUGGAGAGGCAGGAGCUCAUGGGUGCAACCCUGCCCUCUAACUCCUUCCUGCCCCCCCACGCACCACCCUACCGUCCAUCAGCUGGUAUCAUCGGGCGACUGUGCGGGCGCGCUAGACGUGAUGGACGACUUAAGGCGCCUCAUGGAUGGGCAGGAGCUCGCAGGGCAGCACUGCUUCCGCCACCUCAACCACCUCCUGGUGUCCUCCUCCGAUGCCGUCAACAGGUGAGUCUCUCUUUCUCCCACUCCUCCCAUUCUCGCCUCCCACUCUCACAUCCCCCUCUUCCACCCACCCUCAUAUCCCUCUCUGCACUGCUUCCGCCACCUCAACCACCUCCUCCUCACCUCCUCCGAUGCCGUCUACAGGUCGCCGACUUUGUGAGGGAAGCCGUGCACGAUGCUGCUGACGUGGCGCCUUCCGCUAUAGUCACCAGCUUCAACCUCCAGAAGAGCGUACCCCCCGCUGAAACGCUGCUCGCUAUAGUCAACCUCGAGUCGCGCCUGCCGGCAGUGCUGCGGGCCGACAGAGACGCAGUGAAUGCGGACAUCAAGGCAGCAGUGAAAACAGUGGUGGGCGAGCUGCUGCCGCUGCUCUUCCUGCAGCACGCCGCCGCCGCUGCUGGCGGGGCCGCGGGUGGUGCAGGAGGAGAGGGGGGUGAGGCUGCAGCAGAUGCACUUAACGCGCCAUCUCUCGCCCUCAAGCUCCGUGCCCUUGCCCCGCCCGCCUUCGUCCACUUGCUGCUGGCCGUCUUCUCUGCCGUCCAGACCCGCCUCGUGACGGCGGCAGCCGUUCGGAACGUAGUGUCCAGCAUCGCCACUGCCGGAGCUGCUGCCGGUGCUGCAGCUGCCGCCGCCGAGCCUGCCGCAUCCCCCCAUCCUCUCAUCCCCCUGUCCUCUCAUCCCCUGUCCUCUCAUCCCCCUGUCCUCUCAUCCCCCUGUCCUCUCAUCCCCCUAUCCUCUCAUCCCCCUGUCCUCCCAUCCCUCUGUCCUCUCAUCCCCCUGUCCUCCCAUCCCUCUGUCCUCUCAUCCCCCUGUCCUCUCGUCCCCCCAUCCUCUCAUCCCCCCGUCCUCUCAUCCUCCUGUCCUCUCAUCCCUCUUUCCUCUCACCCCCCCGUCCUCUCACCCCCCCGUCUUCUCAUCCCCCCGUCCUCUUAUCCCCCUGUCCUCUCAUUCCUCUUUCCUCUCAUCCCACUGUCCUAUCAUCCCCCGUCCUCUCAUCCCCCUGUCCUCUCAUCCCUCUUUCCUCUCACCCCCCCGUCCUCUCACCCCCCCGUCCUCUCAUCCCCCCAUCCUCUUAUCCCCCUGUCCUCUCAUCCCUCUUUCCUCAAUCCCCCCGUCCUCCUAUCCCCCUGUCCUCUCAUCCCUCUGUCCUCUCGUCCCCCUGUCCUCUCAUCCCUCUGUCCUCUCGUCCCCCCAUCCUCUCAUCCCCCUGUCCUAUCAUCCCCCCGUCCUCUCAUCCCCCUGUCCUCUCAUCCCUCUUUCCUCUCACCCCCCCGUCCUCUCAUCCCCCUGUCCUCUCAUCCCUCUUUCCUCUCAUCCCCCCGUCCUCCUAUCCUCCUGUCCUUUCAUCCCUCUGUCCUCUCGUCCCCCUGUCCUCUCAUCCCUCUUUCCUCUCACCCCCCCGCCCUCUCACCCCCCCGUCUUCUCUCCCCCCCGUCCUCCUAUCCCCCUGUCCUCUCAUCCCCCUGUCCUCACCUCCCUCUGUCCUCUCAUCCCCCUGUCCUCUCAUCCCCCCCUCCUCUCAUCCCCCCGUCCUCUCAUCCCCCUGUCCUAUCAUCCCCCCAUCCUCUCAUCCCCCUGUCCUAUCAUCCCCCCAUCCUCUCAUCCCCCUGUCCUCUCAUCCCUCUGUCCUUUCAUCCCCCUGUCCUCUCAUCGCCACCGCACCUCCUCGCUCAACAGAGGACAAUGCAUUGA